AUGGUGGUACCCGUCCAACCUUACUACCGUACAAUCCCGGCCUGCGGCAAGUGCGGUGCUGUCGGCCAUAGGAUGGACGCAUGCCCAAACCUGAGACAGGACACUUGCGGUCUGUACGGGCAACAGAUUCCACUCGUGGAGGGGGUGCGGGCUCCUCACGAAUGCGUGCCCAAGUGUUCAGUGUGCGGUGGUGGACACGUCACGAACUCCCGCGAGUGCACUGCAAAGUUCCGGAACUCCAAGAUAGCCGCCCAAAAGGGCGGCAAGACCAUAACGGCGGUCAAGAAAAAACACCGCCAUCUUGAGCUUCCCGGUGGGCCGCCGCACCGGGACGUCACCAAGACCGGCAAGCCAGCGCCCCCUGCCGGAGAAGCCGGGAGGCAAUCUACGGCGCCACCACACGGCGUGGCCGGGGCCUGGGCCGACGCCAUCAAAAAAGGAAAACAGGUGAGCGGCGCGGGCAGGGCUGCUCCCUCGUCCCCUCCCUCUACUCCUCCUGCGGCGCUCAGCGCCGAACAAAACAUGAUCGCGGCUCUCCAGGCGCAAAAUGAGAUGCUGCUAAAGAAAAUUACAGCACUCGAAGCAAAAUUGACGCAACCCCUCCCUACCCCCGCAGUAGAAGUAAUGGAAAGUGAGACAGAAGCGCCGGCGGAGGCACCUAGCGCGGUAGCCGCUCUCGAGGCCCGGAUCAACGCCCUCGAGGCCCGUAUGGACAGCCGGAUUUGCGCUCUUGAAACCCAAAUCUCCGCAGCCAUGAAUGCCGCGAUUGCCAAAUUGACAGAGAUGAUUCCCUCUCUCAUAACUCAACAAAUCGCGCAAACCUCUCGCACCACCCGGCGAGCCGGCCCAAUUAAAGACGUGUCCGGCAGGUACCCCAAAAUGUUUCGACGACAACUCGAUUUAGAUGAUGAAGACAGUUGCUCACUCUCCGCAAUGGAGGAUGCUCCCCUCCCCGUGAGUGCUGGCGAUGGAGCAUCGUCUUCGCAACCCCCUACCAAUCUUACCGUUCAUGGCGGGCACCCCUAA